AAUGAUAAGAACUAUUUUAAAUUUACUAUUGCACUCCAACUCCACGGUCCACGAGGACAAUAGCUAGUUAUUAGUUGUUACUUGUUAGUACAUAAUAAUAAUAUUGACAAUAUUGAAAAUUGUUGACUUUUAUUCAAAAAAUAGAACGUGUGCAUGUGAAAUUAUUAAUUAUUUUAUUGUUCAUUUAAAUAUAAUUUUUUGAGUGCGUAUGUGUAUGUACUUAUUGAUUAGUUUCAUAAUAUUGCGUUAAAAUAUCAAACUCAUUAAAUCAAGUGGUCUGAUAUAGGUAUAUUUAUCUUACCUAACAAUGGCAAAAUUAAAAUCUGGUGUUCAUAAGCACAUUGACAUAGGUCAGUUGCCUAGAUAUACAAGAUCUUUCCGUGUAUAUUUAAACAGCGAUAUAACAGAAUAUAUGGAACCCAUUAACAUUUGGAGUCAUAACUUAGGUGUUAUUAAAAAACAAAAAGAGGAAGAAGAAAAAAUAUUUCAAAAAUGCCUUACUUUUACUGAACUUUGUAAUGUUAUUAAUGAUACUAAAAAUGAUAUUAUUUUGAAGAAUUUGAAUAUGUUGUAUGGAAUAGCACAAGAACUUUCAAAAGAUGAACAACCUGAAAUAUUAAGUUCAUCAGUAUUAUUUUUCUUCAAACUAUUUAUUGGUGUUUCUGGACUAUUAAUGAAACAUAUUUUAGAACUUAAAAGUAUGUUUGGAAAAGUAUCAAAUAAUAAUGCAGAUCAAAUAUACAAGUUGGUUAAAGAAGUAGAACAGUUAAUGAACGAUAAAAGUUUGAAAAAAUUAAAAAUACUUUGGGAGAAACUUGACAAUCCUAAAGCUGAUAAUGAAGAAAAUCAAAACAAAGAUCAGAAUUCAUUAGUCAACGGUGUAUUACGUUAUAAACCUAACUCCAAAUGGCUACCUCCAAAUUUUGCUAAAUUACCUGUUCAGGACUAUGGUUCAAAGACAUCCAAGUUAUUUUCCAUGGCUUAUAAUGAAGAAGAAAGAAUAAAUAAUAGUUCUCCAAAUUUUGGUAGAACUUGGCUAUUGAAACAAAUUACUAAGACCGCAUCAAUAGAUUUAGGCGUUUCAGAUGAAGAUUAUUAUACUAGUAUCAUAGAACUACUUUCAACUCAAAAAUCUGAUAUUGAACUUCAAGAUGAAUUGUUUAAUCUGCUUGGUUUUGCAAGACUUACACUCAUUGAAACCCUUUUGAAACACAGAAAAGAUAUUUUAAAACAGUGUGUUGCAACAAAUGAAAAAAAAUCUUUGCUUUCAAUGAAUUUAAAAAUGGAAAAAAGACCUCGACAUAUGGAAAUGAUUACUAUUGAAACUGAAGAAGAUAAAUUACUUAGAAAAGAAUUAAGAAAAGAAGAAAAAGCUUGCCAAAAAAUAAAUCGUCGACAGGAUUCAGAUUCAGAUGAUGAGAUUUUAAAGAUGGUUUCUAAAACGACAAGUGCAGCAAACGUUCCUAUAUUUAUUGACCCGAAAAGUAGAAAAGCACCUACAGCUCAGAAAUACCCCCAUGUAUAUGAUUUGAAUUUUGAAUCGAAAGUAUCAAGUUGUUAUAUAUCUGGAGAAUCAUGCGUUAUCCCUGCGGGAGCCAAAAGAACAGACCACCGAACACAUGAAGAAGUUUAUAUUCCAGUUACAAAAAUGACACAAGAAUUGACUGUUGGAAAAGAAUUGAUUUCCAUUAAAACUCUUGAUGAAGUUGGGCAGAAAGCAUUUCAUGGAAUUACUAAUCUUAAUAGAAUACAAUCGGUAGUUUUUGAUGCAGCUUAUAACACUAAUGAAAAUUUACUAGUAUGUGCCCCAACUGGAGCUGGAAAAACUAAUGUUGCUUUGUUGACCAUUAUCCAUCAAAUUAAACAACACAUUAGGAAUAAUGAAAUACAUAAAAAUGAAUUUAAGAUUGUAUACGUAGCUCCAAUGAAAGCUCUCGCAGCUGAAAUGACUGCAAAUUUUUCUAAACGCCUUUCUAGCCUAGGAAUUUCUGUUCGUGAAUUUACUGGUGACAUGUCACUUACUAAAACAGAAAUGCUCAACACUCAAAUAUUAGUUACAACUCCUGAAAAGUGGGAUGUAGCUACUCGUAAAGGAACUGGGGAUAUUGCGUUAACAAGUUUAGUUAAACUAUUAAUUAUAGACGAGGUACAUUUAUUGCAUGGUGAUCGUGGUCCAGUCCUUGAAGCUCUUGUUGCACGUACUUUAAGACAAGUUGAGUCUUCCCAAAGCAUGAUUCGAAUUGUUGGUUUAUCUGCUACAUUACCAAAUUAUAAAGACAUAGCACGUUUCUUAAGAGUCAAUCUUUAUAAAGGACUAUUUUAUUUUGAUGGACGAUUUCGACCAGUGCCAUUAGUUCAAACAUUUAUUGGGGUUCGUGGUAGCAAGACUGUAAAAAUGGUACAAGAAAUGGAUACAGUUUGUUAUGAUAAAGUGUAUGAUAUGGUACAAAAAGGACAUCAGGUUAUGGUGUUUGUUCAUGCUCGUAAUGCUACCAUAAAAACAGCUAAUGUUUUUAGAGAACUUUCAACUCAGAAAAAUCACCAGACUGCAUUUCUACCUCAAGACUCUAAUAGAAUAGGAAUAGCUAAAAAGGCUUUUGAGCGUUGUCAUUCAAAAGAAUUAAGUGAAUUAUUAAAUAGUGGAUUUUCCGUUCAUCAUGCUGGUCUUUUGAGAUCUGACAGAAACCUAGUAGAAAAGUACUUUGCCGAAGGUGCUAUUAAAGUAUUGGUGUGCACAGCAACUUUAGCAUGGGGAGUAAAUCUUCCAGCUCAUGCAGUUAUAAUUAAGGGGACAGAAAUAUAUGAUUCAAAGCAUGGAACAUUCAUAGACCUGGGUAUGCUUGACGUUUUACAAAUAUUUGGUCGUGCUGGAAGACCUCAAUUUGAUACUUCUGGACAUGGAAUGAUUAUUACCCCACAUUCCAAACUUCACAAAUACUUGUCAUUACUUACCAACCAAAUACCAAUUGAAAGUUGUUUUGUACAACAUCUUGUUAAUAAUUUGAAUGCUGAGGUUGUAUUAGGGACAAUAUCAAAUGUUGAGGAAGCUGUUAUGUGGCUUAGUUAUACUUAUUUAUUUGUCAGAAUGCGUAUAAAUCCUCAUGUCUAUGGCAUAUCGCUUGAAGAAGUUGAAUUAGAUCCAAUGUUGGUCAACAAAAGAAAAGAGUUUAUUAUAAGUGCAGCAAUGGCUUUAGAUAGAGCACAAAUGUUACGUUACAACGAAAGAACUGGAGAUCUCUCAUCUACAGAUAUGGGCCGCACAGCUAGCCAUUUUUAUAUUAGCUACGAUAGUGUUGAAAUAUUUAAUCAAUGCCUAAAGCCUUUUAUGAAUAUGUCAGAAAUAUUAUCAAUGAUUUCUAGUGCAAAAGAGUUUGAUCAGUUAAAGGUUCGUGAUGAUGAAGUUAUUGAGUUAGAGACAUUGGCUCGUAAAUAUUGUCACAUUGAAUGCCAGAGUUCAGCUGUAAACGUGAAUGGUAAAGUAAAUAUACUUUUACAAACAUAUCUUGCACGUGGAAGAGCUAAGUCUUUUUCAUUAAUAUCUGACCUGGUGUAUAUCUCACAGAAUGCGACAAGAAUUGCACGGGCAUUAUUUGACAUGGUUUUACGUCGUAAUAACGCUAUGAUGUCAGCUAAAUUAUUGGAAAUUUGUCAAAUGUUUGAAAUGACACAAUGGGAAUUUGAAUCUGAAUUACGACAAUUUUCUGAUGUUCUUCCUUGGGAAAUUAUAGAUAAAAUUGAACAAAGAAAAUUAUCAUUUAGCCGUAUUCGAGAAAUGGAUGCUAAAGAAUUGGGUAUUAUACUAAGAAAUCAAAAUGUAGGUGCUGCUGUUAAAAAGUGUGCCAUGCAACUUCCAUAUAUUGAAGCUACUGAAAGUAUUCAACCUAUUACUAGAACUAUUUUAAGAAUAAAUUUAGAACUAUUCCCAGAAUUUGAAUGGAAUGAUAGGUUUCAUGGUAAAACAUCAGUCGCGUUUUGGAUUUGGAUCGAAGAUCCGGAAACAGAUAUGAUAUACCAUUGGGAACAGUUUCUUAUUACUAAAACUCAGGUUAUUAGAAAAGAAACACAAAAGUUAAUAUUUACCAUACCUUUGGUUGAACCAUUACCAUCACAAUAUAUACUACAUUGUACUUCAGACCGAUGGUUAGGUACAACUUUCACUACACCAUUAACAUUCCAGCAUCUUAUAAUACCACAUAGCCAUGCUUCAGUGACAGAUUUAUUGGAACUUCAGCCAUUACCGAUAUCUGCUCUUAAAAAUCAGGGUUAUCAGUCUUUAUAUAGUUUUACACACUUUAAUCCAAUACAGACACAAAUAUUUCACUGUUUAUAUCAUACUGACAAUAAUGUACUGUUAGGAGCGCCUACCGGGUCUGGUAAAACAAUAGCUGCUGAAAUUGCUAUGUUUAGAGUGUUCAAUGAACAGCCAGAUGCCAAAGUAGUAUAUAUAGCUCCAUUAAAGGCACUCGUGAGAGAACGUAUGAAAGAUUGGAAAAUCAGAUUAGAAGAGAAAUUAAAAAAAUCAGUUGUAGAAUUAACAGGUGACGUCACACCUGACAUAAGAGCUAUUUCAAAUUCAUCUGUAAUUGUUACUACUCCAGAAAAAUGGGAUGGUGUAUCUCGUAGUUGGCAAACCCGUAACUAUGUCCGCCAAGUGGCUUUAGUAGUACUUGAUGAAGUCCAUCUUUUGGGUGAAGAUCGUGGUCCAGUAUUAGAGAUAAUAAUCUCUAGGUUAAAUUUUAUAUCAACGCAUACAGGACAACAUACUCGCCUUGUAGCUUUGACGACUGCUCUGUCAACAGCUGCUGAUCUUGCAGCUUGGUUACACAUAGGGGAAAUGGGCCUUUACAAUUUCCGUCCAUCUGUGAGGCCAGUUCCUCUAGAAGUACACAUCAGUGGCUAUGCUGGACAAAAUUAUUGUCCAAGAAUGGCAACCAUGAACAAACCUAUUUAUCAAGCCAUUAGGCAACAUUCCCCAACACAGCCAGUUAUGAUUUUUGUGUCUUCGAGGAGACAAACCCGACUAACCGCAUUGGAUUUGAUUGCAUACUUAGGUGUAGAAGAUAACCCUAAGCAGUGGGUUCGCAAAAGCGAUUAUGAAAUGGAUCAAAUCAUUGAAAAUAUUAGAGAUCCAAAUUUGAAGCUUUGUCUUGCUUUUGGCUUAGGCUUACAUCAUGCUGGAUUACAAGAUAGAGACCGUAAAAUUGUUGAAGAAUUAUUUGUUAACCAACAUAUUCAAGUUUUAAUUGCUACUUCAACUUUAGCAUGGGGUGUUAAUUUUCCUGCACACUUUGUGAUAGUAAAAGGUACUGAAUUUUAUGAUGGCAAACUCAAAAGAUAUGUGGACAUGCCAAUUACAGAUGUGUUACAAAUGAUGGGAAGAGCAGGACGACCUCAGUAUGAUAAUAUGGGAAUAGCACUCAUCAUGGUCCAUGACGUAAAAAAAACUUUUUAUAAAAAAUUUUUGUAUGAACCUUUUCCUGUUGAAUCAUCUUUGUUAGACGUAUUGCCUGACCAUUUCAAUGCUGAAAUAGUGGCUGGAACUAUUAAGACAAAACAAGAUGCCAUUGAAUAUUUAACUUGGACAUAUCUUAUACAAAGAUUGAUGAAAAACCCAGAAUAUUAUGGAUUACACAGCUUGGAGGAAAGUUCUAUAAACAAAUUUCUUUCUGAUUUAGUUGAACGAUGUAUUGGAACUCUGUAUUCUAGUUAUUGUGUGGAAAUAGAUGAGGAUCAGCGUACUGUAAGACCAACGCCAUUGGGACAUAUUUCUUCUUAUUACUAUUUACAACAUAAAACAGUUAAGACAUUUCGAGAGAGACUUAAGGGUGAACUUAGUAUGGAUGAUUUAAUAAAAGUCUUAGUCGAUGCCGAGGAGUUUAGUUUACUACCAGUCAGACAUAACGAAGAUCUACUAAAUACUGAAUUAGACAAACAAUGUCCUAUUGAUGUUGGUGGCCGUCUGUAUGAAUGUUCUCAUACCAAAACAUUAAUUUUGCUUCAAGCACAUUUCUCCCAUUUAAAAAUGCCAUGUUCGGAUUAUAUAACCGAUCUCAAGUCUGUAUUAGACCAAUCUAUACGUAUUCUACAAGCAAUGAUAGAUAUCUGCGCAGAAGCUGGUUACUUGGUGCUGUGUUUAAGAUUAGUGCAACUGAUGCAAAUGAUUAUUCAAGCCCGAUGGGUGACAGACCCACCUGUAACCACUUUACCUGAUGUAGAAAAACAUUUGAUACCAUCACAAGUGUUGCCGAUGCUUUGCUUACCCCAUUUAUGCAACAUGGCACUUAAAAGUUAUAAACUGUUUGAAGAAAUUAUGUUAAAAACUCAACUUGAACAUGAAGAAAUUGAAAAAGCAUUUAAAACUAUUAUAGAUAUGCCAGUUGUAGAAGUUCGUCUGUUUAUUCAUGGCAAUUGGUCUGAUAGUGAAGAAGUUCAAAAGAAACUUGUUGAGAAUGGUAAACGAAUAGACAUUUUGGCAGGGUUGGAGUAUACAUUAGUUGUAGAGGUAAAAAUUCUCAAUCGUGUAAUUCCAUCAAAAGCAUAUGCACCAAAAUUUUCCAAACCAAAAGAUGUUGGUUGGUUUAUGAUUCUUGGAUCAAUAGAACAAUGGGAGCUGAUAGCACUGAAACGUAAUGCCAAUAACCGCUAUAGAACCACUUCUAACAGGCUAGCAUUUAAUACACCCACAAAACCUGGUUUUUUAAAUUGGACUUUCUAUAUGAUGUCAGAUUGUUACCUUGGUUUGGACCAACAAUAUGAAAUUGAAUUCAAUGUGAUAUAAAAAAAUUAAUAUUAAAAUAACAAGGUGAACAAAAUUAAUUUUUGUAUUGUUAAUAUAUACAUAUUAUUUAUGAUAUAUAUAGAAAACAUUUUUAUAUUUUUUAAAUACAUUAUUUUCAUGUUA